AUGCUGGAGUCGCUUUCAUUCCUGAAAAAAGUCCUGUUUCGGUUUGUGGCAUCUUCACAAACUACCCAUCCCGACCCUGCUCCACCCCGUACCAUCCUUCCCCUCCUUUCCCCACCCACCCCAUUCCGCCCCACCCUGCCCCACCCUGUCCCACCCCAUCUGACCCUGGCCCACCCUGUACUGGGGCUCUGGCACUACAUCGAACCAGACAUGUACGUUGGCCUCUGGCACUACACUGAACCAGACAUUUUCAUUGCUGGAGAGGUGAGACCACUGUCUCCACUCCACCCGCUCUGCCUGGUGCCUUGGACUGACUGUUGCCUUGGACUGCCUGGUGCCUUGGACUGCCUGGUGCCUUGGACUGACUGUUGCCUUGGACUGCCUGGUGCCUUGAACUGCCUGGUGCCUUGGACUGCCUGGUGCCUUGGACUGCCUGGUGCCUUGGACUGCCUGGUGCCUUGGACUGCCUGGUGCCUUGGACUGCCUGGUGCCUUGGACUGCCUGGUGCCUUGGACUGCCUGGUGCCUUGGACUGCCUGGUGCCUUGGACUGCCUGGUGCCUUGGACUGCCUGGUGCCUUGGACUGACUGUUGCCUUGGACUGCCUGUUGCCUUGGACUGCCUGGUGCCUUGGACUGCCUGGUGCCUUGGACUGA